AUGCAUAAGAAUACUCGAGCCGAUGCUGUGGAGAGCUUGUUGAAGUAUGUCGUCAAAAAAGACAAUCGCGCUUUCGAUAAUUUCAAAUCUGUACUCAAGAAGGAUUACGAUUGGCUGUCGGUAGCAUUACAAGAGAAUCACGAUCAAAAUGAUCUGCAUGUGACAACCGAGCAGCUAGCAUUUCAAGACUCUUUGGUUUUAGGGAAUGUUCCCAGACAACCACCUUAUUAUGUGCGACGAACUAUACCGUUACAGAAUCUUCAAUUACAUUUAGAGGAAUUGGAACCAUGCCAGAGAAUUAUCCUGUAUGGAAUGACAGGAAGUGGAAAAUCCUGUUUGGCCGCCGCCGCCGUAAAAGAUCCUGAUUUGUUACACCAUUAUUUUAGGAAUAGAGUAUUUUGGAUUAAUUUAGGGGAAGUUAAAGAAGUUGAUCAGUUACCUGUACAUAUGACACUGCUAUUAGAAAGACUGCAAAAUGACUCGAGGCAAAAAACAGAAAAGUUAAGGCCGGUUUCGAUUCCCCCGAGUCACGAUGACUCCUCCUUUGAGAUCGAGGUGUUAAAACAUUCACUUAAGAACAUGUUUACCAACUUUCGUGAAGCUUUACUAAUACUCGAUAACGUUUUGCUGCGCGAAGCAACCGAGGCGUUUGAUGUGGGCUGUAAAACGCUCAUUACGACGCAAGUCAAAGACAUAAUCGUUGGCAAUAACAGUGUAUAUGUUAAGGUCGAAGGCGGUUUUACUCAAAAGGAAACGCUCGAGUUGUUCGCCAAGUCCCUGAACACUGAAGUGAAAAAACUGCCGGUUUUAGCAGAAAAGCUUCACAAUUUAUGUAAAGGGGAACCCAUUCUUAUUUCGUUAAUUGGAACCUUAUUUGAACCCUGCAAAGAGGACCUACUUAACAGUCUGAAAUCUUGGCACUACUACAUUAAAAAGCUAACAAACAAAGACUAUAAUUUAAAAAGGCAACUAUUUGACACGAUCAGCAUCUGUAUUGAACGCUUGAGUCCGGAAAUGCAAAAAUUGUACUUUAAGUUCUCGGUGUUUGUCGAAGACGUAAAUAUAACGCCGCAAGUAAUGCAAAUAAUAUGGAAUUUGGACGACUUGCACGACGUUCACGAAAAAAUGCAAGAAUUACAAAACAAAUCGCUCAUUGUGUCUUAUUACAAUCAAGAGUUAAAGACUUACGUAUAUGGGGUACACGACUUAUUUCUGGCAUAUCUUAAAGAGAAACUUAGCGCCGACGCUCUCGUUGCUCAACAUAAACAAUUGAUCUCAUCAUAUAAACGGGUUUCUAAUGACAAUUUUGCUAAUUUACCCAAUGACAAUUACAUAUAUCAGUAUUUAGGUUAUCACUUAAAGCAUGCUCAAUGUUACAACGAAUUUUCCGUAUAUUUCGAUUUAAAAUUUAUUGGUGCUAAAAUCAAGGCGAUCGGCACCGCAGAUUUAUUAAGGGACUAUCAGCUUUAUAAGAAUUACAUUACACGAAACGACGAAGUACUUCUUAAAAAACUGGGCGAGUAUAUUAACUUUGUGAAAGCGAGGGGGCACGAUCUUUAUAAAUAUUCUGACAUGGACAUAAUUCAGUGUGGAUUGGGACAGCCGAAGGAUAGUUCCAUCUAUAAUGCCGCUUUGGUGCUAGCUAAGGAACAGCCUCAGUCACUGUAUCUCCAAUUACAAUCAUCACAAGAAAACGUAUACUUCACCCACACUCUCGAUCUGCAACAAGACGUGUCAGCAGCAUGCUUCACUUGUGACGUAGACCAAAUAUUAGUCGGCAUGAAAAAUGGAGACAUAAAUUUGUGGGAGCAAUCGCGCAAUCACAAACUCUACGUAUUUCCGGGCCAUACGGAUACCAUUUUACACCUUCGUUUUUGUCCCGACGGAAACGGGUUUCUUUCUGUAUCUGAAGAUGGCUGCGUGAAAAUUUGGAAUCUCGACGGGGUGGUUUUGCGUAAUAGUAACGGCGAAAUUUACGAUGAAAACGGAUUUAAUGAUCACAUACCGUCGCCGCGUACAAAACAGAGUUACUGGCAAAAUUUUUACGAGAAUAAUCGACAGGAUCGAAUUGAUCGUAGUAAAACCUGCAGGAUAUCGAAAGAUGGGCAGCUGGAUAAAGUUAUAUGUGCCGCUUACGCUAAUCAUUCGAAAAAUGAUAUAGUGACGGGUUGCUUUAGCGGGAAUGUGUUUGUGUGGAAUGUAGCCGAGGAGCCUGUCGUUGUUUGCACUAUUCACGGACGUGGGACGCCGGUUAGUUGUGUUACGUUUUCGGGUGAUGAUAGUCUAAUUAUAUUUUGCUGUGAUUCUAUCAUAUUUAUAUAUAAUGCCAAAAAUGGAGAGUACCUAUCUCAGCUACUUAAUAGAGUUACUAUCAAUUCGCUACUUAUCGUACCCGACUAUGACAGUGCACUAAUCGCCAUAAAUAAAAAUACAAUAACAAUGUGGACAUGGAAUCAAUCCGGACUUAACAUAACCGAUCCAUCAAUGAAGGAAUUGGAUAACCGACAAACAAACUAUUUAUGUGGUGCUGUAACCGAUGACGGAAUGUACUUGGUUGCUGGAUCGACAGAUCAUUACAUUCGUAUAUGGAACAUCAGUACCGCAAAAACUAUUCAAGAAAUUUUAAACAAUAAAGGGUUAGUCGUGUGUCUUGAUACAUUUUAUGACGAUUCCAAAAAAGCCGUCCAUAUUUUAUUGUCGGGCUCGGAUGAUCAGACCGUGAAACAGUGGCAUAUACAACCGACAACGCCAACAAAAGACACGCCGAAAUUGUUACCGAUAUUCGACUGCUACUGGAACGCUACGUCCGGAAUUCCCAGAAUAGCGGUCGUUAAUACAGCGAACAAGGUCCAAAUAAUGAACGGUUUUAAUUUGAUUAUCGAAUCGGAAACGCUACCGGCCAAAAUUAAUGUGGUUCGUUUUUCGCUGUGCGGGAAUAAAAUUGCAAUUGGCUUGAUAAGCGGGGAUGUAAUCGAGUUUGAUUACAAAAAUCGACAUUCAGAGACUUUGAUGAAGUUGCACGAUUCAGUUGUGUUUCUGAAGUAUUUUAGUACCGUCCAUCCGUCACUGCAAGAGAAGCACGCGAAAAAUUUGCCGUCCACGUGUUACGUAUUGGUGGGUGCGGCGAAGAAUGGUUGGAUAACUAUGUUCGUGGCCGAUCGUGCCGUUUGUUUAAUGCAACCGCCAUAUUUAACAGAAUUUAGUAACAAUAAGUUACCCGUUAUUCCAAUAGUGCAAUGCUUCUACAUAAAAAAAUUCAACAAGCUUCUUAGUGUGGCCAAAAAUCGUGUCAUUAAAUUAUGGGAUGAAGAUGCGUCGUAUACGAUUCUAUUCGGAGAGAAAACGCAAAAGAGUGGGAGUAAUGGCGUUGUAACUAUGGCUACAAUAUCAUCGGAUCAAUCGAAUUUAGCCAUAACGUUUGACAAUGGUUGUUUUGAAAUUUACUCGGUAGCUGAAAGUGAAAACAGUUUCACUUUAAAUGAAGAAAGACUGUGGGAGAGGCCCUUGCGGUGCUGUCGUUUUUCUCAUAAUGGAAAGAUUUUGGCAUUGGGGGAUGACAAUGGCAAUAUUGUGAUUUGGAGCGUAGAAUCAAAAACCAUAUUGGGCACGCUGCAAUUACACAAAUCUUCUGUGCGUUAUUUGUUGUUUUCUCCAUCACCUGCCUUAAUUCUAAUUAGUGUCGGCGACCAAAUAGCCUGGUGGGAUUUAACAAAACUAUCCGACAAUAAUUUAAAUAGAUAUAGAAGACGUUCCAGUUCAGUCAAAAGAAGAAAUUUAGCGAUUGAUUUAAGCGCACCAAUGACCAAUUUAAAUUUAAGUGUAUGGAGUAACAAAGAAGGGAAGACUGAGAAGCCGCAUCUUCUUUCGGUUAUAAAAGUUCGGGGAGUCUUUUCUACAUAUAUCUCGGCAUCGUAUGAUUUUACUUCAUUUUUUAGUAUUGAUCAGAAUGGUUAUCCAUAUAUUAUGGAAGUAUUAUAAUCUUAAAAAAAUUGUGAUUGUAUUAAUUAGUAUUUUGUGUAAUAUGAAAUUGCAUAAUGUUUCUGAUAGGCGCAUAUUGUUAUAUAGUAACUUUAGGUUUACGUUUAUAAAGAAAUAUACUAUUUUUUGUUUGAGGUUUAUUUAAGUUUGUAAACUUAAAUGUAGAAAAAAUGUAGUCAUUCAACUCGAGAGUGUUUCUCAAAACAUGAUCUCCAAUCAGUUCUUAUUUUUGAAUAGCUAAAUCAGUUUACACACGCACAUUGACCAAACAAAGUCUGACUACGCAUAAAUAAGUAAUCAUCACUGCCGAGGCAAUCCUCAAACUGUUAUGAAAGUUGUUAUAUUUUAAAUGAACAUAAGUUGUCUUUAACAAGUUUUAACGUUUUAUAAAUAAUUGCAUACUUUUAAUAACAUUUUAUAUUUUUUACUUUUCAAUUUGUUAUCAAAAUAAUUUUUUUUGUAUAGUACAUAAAGAAUACUAUUUAUUGUUACUUUUAAGGUUUGCAAUAUUUAAUAUACACUUCCAUCUAACCAUUAAUUUUAUUUUCAGCCACUACAUAAAUAAUUAAAUUAUUUAAAUAAAACUAGUCUUAAUUCAAUAAUGAAAUGGACAAAUGUUAACUAUGAAGAUAAAAUUACAUCACAUUUAAAAUGUGAAUUGUUUCAUUCUCUUGUUGCAUUUUAUGUGCAUAAAAAUAUAAUGUAAUUUAGUAAUAAGAUGAACGAUAAUGUGAUGUGAAUUUGUUAGUCGUAGCUGUGCAUUAGAUAUAUAAAUUCUAUUUUAUUAUAUAUAGAGAAUUGAAAGUAAUUGUGAAAUAAUCCAGAGUAAUUCAUAUCAUAUUUCUACUGCAUUAAAUUUUUUUAUACCA